CCCAACCGCCGCGGCUUAUAAUCCCGCCUAUAACGACCCGAGCUUAGAGGACUUCAACCCUUCGCUCCAGCCUCAGCUUCCGUUACCAGAGCGUGAGUAUACAUUAGUCCCUUCCCAAUAUUUCUGUUUUGAACAAAACAGGUUGCCUUAUCGCUGGGAGAGCCUAAGCCUUUUUCCAUUGCACAACGACUGACGAAUAGAACAGCGUUCGCCAUGCCCUUCUACAGCCCUCACAACCACGAUUUCAGCUUUGGAAACAAUCCCCACCAUUUCCCCGUGGUCCCUGGACUCCAGCUCCCUUCCGUCCAUACAGUACUCGGCGAGGGCAAGUCUUUCGCGGUUUCAGAUUAUCCUGUGGCCAAUGCUACCGCAGCAGUCGGCUCUACUGCCGAGCCCUUCCCGGCAUCGGAUUACACCAUGGUGGACAAACAGAUCGGUGUGCCUUCUCCUCGCCCAGGAGGAUGUACCGAGGCCGCACGAUCGGGCUGGGACAAGGAAGGCUGGUGGUACCGCGGAGAGCACGACGAUUGCCCCGUCCCCGCGACCCAUCGACACAGUUUCAACGGCCAGGUGACGUUCGCCGGGUUCGACGAUAUCCUGCAAUUGGUCAUCGGCAUCAUCGAGAGAGUCCGGCGAUAAGAGGCGGAGGGUUGUCUCAGGUACGCCUGAGGUCGACUGCACUGGAAAAGGGGCCAUCAUCGUCGACGAACAAAUCGCGAUCUCGAUUCCGAGCUAUUCAUAGAGUUUGUUCUGGGAUGAU